AUGGAAGGGUUUUUGCGUCGUUUGCAGACUGUGGCUGACGUGGCCGAGGACACCGCGUCCUCUGUGGGCGACAUAGAGAAGGAGGAGUUGAAUGACAUGCCAACAGACACAGAUGAACUUCAGCACCGUCUUAGGCAAGCCUUGUCGCGCCUGAAGAGUGCCUCAGCGAGGUGGGAAGAGCUUCAUGGUGAGAGCUGCAAACUUGAGACGGAGUUGGCCACGCUACGGCAGCGGUUCACAACGUCACGUGAGGUUUGGCUCUUGGUACAUCAGUUUGACCAGACCACAAUCGAAUCGCUUCUGCAGGAGCGGCGGCACGCGAAGGGCGAGGACCGAUCCACGGCCUUAGAAGGUGUAGGGGGUGGUCCAUGCCCCAACGAUGGCGGCGGCAAUCUCCGUUGCGAUCCAACAUACGUGAGCUCUCUGCAGGAGCAGAGUGCAACACUGAAGGAACUUCUUCGCAAGUACGCCGAGGAGCGGGACAAGUAUAAACUUGAGGUAGAUAAGCUGCGUUCUGCAAAGAAUGGUCAGACAGUUUGCUAUGGAGAUGGAUCAGGUAACGCUUCUGCCAGGAAGUUUGCGUCUUCCUCGAUGCAAGACCGUACCCUGCAGGAUCACGUUGACCAGCUUGAGGCGGAGUUGCGUCGUCAAGCGGAAGCCAUGUCAGAAAUGGUGACGCCGGGGCGUCUCCACAGGAAUGCGUGGAACAACACAAAAUACAAGAGUGAUGUGCAGCUUCGGCGGAUACACCUCCUGGAACGGGAGCUUGCAGCCUUGCGACAAGAAACAGAUGGAGAUGGCGGCGACGCAAAGACUGGUGUUGUUGAUUCUCCCAAAAGUGUGGGACAUGAAGGGACGGAGACGUCGUGUGAGUCGGCUGUGCCACCUGGACGGAAGAAGACAGAUGUGGAUGAGAAGGAUGUUGCCGGUUUGAAUCCAGCAACUGACGCUGUUAAGGACCUCCUCAGGCGGUUGGAGGGGACCCAGGCUGAGAAUCUUGCGCGGGAAGAGGCGCUGAACGCGAUGUACCAAGAUGUUCAUUCUCUUCGCGAGCGCAAUGCUCAGUUGGACCAACAGCUUGUUGUUGUAGACGAGCAGUUGGAUCAAAUGGGGCGGGAAAUGGUGUUCGCGCAGGAUCAGUAUAAGAUUGAACAAGAUCGUAAUAGGGAGUUGCUGGAGCAACUGGAGAUCACGCAGCAGCAACUGCAAAAACGGGGAAGAGAGCUGGCGAACGCUAAUGAAGAGAUAAGGAGAUUGCGCUUACAAACAACUAGUUCCACGACUGCGACUCGGAUAGUUCACGCCUUUCCGAGUACGGAAGCAUUGCUGAAAGGUCCAGCCCAUACGGCUCUUGGAGGCGGAAGUUGGGGUAGUAGUGUCGAUGACAAUGUGCGUGCUGGGAAGCAAGUGGGUGCCGCUGCUGGUCUGCCACUUCAGGACGUUGGGAGAGCGCCGUGGGGCGUCGUCAAGACUAGCAGCGGAUGGUUUAAUCGUCACUACACAUUUUUUGGCCUCUUGCGAGAGAUUGGGCGGCGUCGGUUGAUUAUAGUCCUUUUCGUGAUUUUAGUUAUGAUCAUGACGGCGCUUAUGCAGUCAAGUCUAGGAACAUUCGAGCCGGAUGCCACUUUGUCGAAAUUACGGGAUGACCUCCUUACGUGUCAAUCACAGCUUAGGGUGAAAUUCCCUCCGCAGGACAAAGGUGUGGGCUGA